AUGGCCACAGUCGUGGGAACAGCAGAGCCCAAGAUGAGCGCAUGGCUGUUCUUCAGCAUCGUCGUCAUCUCAAUGGGAUCAAUCUUUUGGGGUUAUGACAUCGGUAUCCUGAGCACUAUCUAUGUAUCUCCUGGCUUCAACAAGGCUCUUGAUAAUCCCUCCUCAAGCGACAAGGGACUCAUCACUUCCAUCUUCUACGCAGGUCAAUUUAUUGGCUUUGCAUUUUUCGCAGGUCCCCUGAACAAUCGCUAUGGUCGGCGCUGGGCGGGUUUCGGAGGUGUGUGUCUUCUCUGUGUAGGCGCUGCCAUACAAACCGGUUCGGUUCACCUUGCUAUGAUGGUGGUUGGAAGAAUCGUUGCAGGUCUUGGUACUGGCGUGGUAUCUACGUCUGUCCCGCUCUACCUGAGUGAGAUCUCGCCUGCAAAGAAUCGAGGACUUUACGUUGCUGCGAACCAGGUCGGCAUUGUUUCGGGUAUCUCGAUUGCAUUCUGGGUUGGCUACGGAUACUCCUUCUGGAAUACUGGUAAUGGUAUUGAUCUGGAGUGGCGUCUAUCCAAUGCCAUGCAAUUUGUUCCCGCUCUUCUCUUCUUGAUUGGUGUUCCUUUAAUUCCUGAGAGUCCUCGAUGGCUUGUUGAGUCAGAUCAGAUUGAAGCCGCAAGCCAAUCACUCUCUAAAUUACGUGGCCUGUCUGAAGAUGAAGUCCGACCCGAGCUUGACGAGAUCCGCGCCAACAUUCUCUGGCAUCAAGAAAACUCCAUCACAUCUGCACGAGUUUUCAUCCAGCAGAAGCCAUUGUGGUCGCGACUCUGGCGUGCGUGGUCACUCGCAUUUCUUCAGCAAAUGAGUGGUGCUGCUGGUAUCAGAUACUACCUCCCAACAAACUUUAUUGCUGCUGGUACCUCGGAAGAGUUGAGUUUGCUUGCGUCUGGUAUUGACGGAACUGUCCAGGUUGCCUGUACUGUCGCUGCCAUGUUCUUUAUUGAUAAGCUUGGUCGAAGGCACUCAUUGGGUGUAGGUGCCAUAAUCAUGGCUUUUUGUUUGAUGAUCAAUGGCGCACUACAGCUCGCCUAUCCCGGUCAAACAAACUCACACGCCAACUACGUCAACAUCUUUUUCAUCUUCUUCUUUACAGUGGGAUACAGCAUGGGUUUCGGACCAUGUGCAUGGAUCUACGCUUCUGAGAUCUUCCCAGCAAACUGUCGUUCUAAAGGUCUUGGUAUUUCCUCGUCUGGUGCAUCUCUCGGCUCCAUCAUCGUGGGUCAAGUCUGGCCUGUUGCUGUCUCUCGCAUCGGCCCGCGUGUUUAUUUCAUCUUCAUGUCCUUCAACGUCUUUUCUGCGAUUCUUGUCUAUUCAUGCUACCCCGAAACCAAGAAUAAGACAUUGGAGGAGCUUGAUUCACAUUUCGGAUCGCUCAAUGUUCACUCGGAGGAAGUGGCUACACCUAAGCAGAUGCUUGGUGCGGAGGACGAACAUAUCGAAGCACGUUCCAAGGACGUUUGA